AAGAAAAAGUUAAAUAUAUACUUUUUAAAGUCUAAAUUGUUGUAAAAAUAUUAUUAUAAGUAACAUAAAUUGUAAUUUUAAACGUUAGAAACAUGUUUAAGUUUGCAAUAGACAGAGGAGGAACUUUUACUGAUGUUUUCUGCAUUUGUCCGAAUGGACGCAUACGAGUGAUGAAACUGUUAAGUGUUGAUCCGGACAACUAUAAGGACGCACCGCUUGAGGCCAUUAAUAGAAUUAUUAGAUCAGAAUUAGGAGACAAUUAUCCAAAACAAUCAAAUAUUGAAUCGAGUCUUAUUGAAUGGAUACGAAUGGGAACAACAGUCGCAACCAAUGCUCUACUCGAACGCAAAGGAGAACCGAUUGCAUUGAUUGUAACGAAAGGUUUUAGAGAUAUCUUAGAAAUUGGCAAUCAGUCGAGAGAUGAUAUCUUUGAAUUGAAUAUUAAAAGUCCACAACUUUUAUAUAAAGAUGUGAUUGAAGUGGAAGAGAGGGUUGUUUUCAAACAAGAAAAUUGUCAAAUUGAGAGACAAAAUACUGAAGAAUGUAUUGGUAUAACUGGAGAUGAGCUACAAAUAUGGCAGACCAUAGAUCCGGAACCAUUACGACAAGAUUUGAAGAAAGUGUUUGAUAAAGGCAUUAGAAGUCUAGCUGUUGUUCUCCUGCAUUCAUAUAUGUAUCCAAAACACGAAGAAUUCGUUAAAAAGAUUGCUGAAGAUAUUGGGUUCACUCAAAUCACAUUAUCAUCUCAUGUGAUGCCAAUGGUUAAGAUUGUUCCCCGAGGAUUGACUGCUUGUGCGGACGCAUACCUGACCCCUCAUAUUAAGAAAUAUAUAAACGGAUUCUCUUCUGGUUUUACUAAUGGUUUAGAAAAACUAAACGUUUUAUUUAUGCAAUCAGACGGAGGAUUGACUCCCGUUAAUAAAUUUAGUGGCUGUCGAUCAAUAUUAAGCGGUCCGGCGGGUGGAGUGGUUGGCUAUUCCACCACUACUUACCAGGAUUUAAAUGAUGGCUUACCUAUAAUCGGGUUUGAUAUGGGGGGCACUUCCACUGAUGUCAGUCGUUAUAGCACUGGCUUUGAACAUACAUUUGAGACGACAACCGCCGGAAUUACUAUACAAACUCCUCAAUUAGACAUACAUACUGUGGCUGCGGGGGGAGGCUCUAAGCUAUACUUUCGGACGGGGCUAUUCGUUGUGGGACCUGAAAGCGCCGCUGCUUUUCCUGGACCGGUUUGUUAUCGAAAUAAUGGUUUCCUAACUGUGACGGACGCUAACUUAUGUUUGGGUCGAAUAAUACCCAAAUAUUUUCCUAAAAUAUUUGGUCCUAAAAAAGAUCAACCAUUAGAUAAAGAUUCCACUAUUAAUGCAUUUAAUACUCUGACAAAUGAAAUCAAUGAAUUCGUUAAAUUCUCCGAAUCUUAUGAUAAAAAGUUUUUAACUGUAGAAGAAGUGGCGAUGGGUUUUAUACGAGUGGCAAAUGAAGCCAUGUGUCGACCCAUACGUGCUAUUACUCAGGGCAAAGGUUACGAUACUUCUAACCAUAUUCUGGCCUGUUUUGGGGGCGCAGGUGGACAACAUGCCUGUGCAGUCGCUCGUUCAUUGGGAAUGUCCAAAGUGUUUGUCCAUAAAUACGCGGGUAUUUUGUCAGCAUAUGGUAUGGCUUUGGCUGAUGUGGUUCACGAGGAAACGAUUCCCACUUCAUUCCAAUACAAUGACAAAUAUUUCAUUCAAAUCGAUGAACGUAUUCAUGGAUUGGUUGAUAAAUGUAUAAAUGAAUUGAAGAAACAGGGCUUUAACGACAAUGACAUUAGUUGUGAGAUUUAUUUAAACAUGAGAUACGAAAAGACAGACUUUCCUGUUAUGACACAAACAGAUUCUCUUUCCAAAAAUUCCAAACAAUUUUGCACUCGAGAUAACUUUAAAAAGUCAUUUUUGGAUUUAUAUCAAAGAGAGUUUGGAUUUACAAUAUCUGAUCGAAAUAUUCUGGUCGACGACAUUAGAGUUCGAGGCGUUGGCUCUUAUAAUGAGUUUAAAUCAGUUACAAAAACCACACAAAAAAGCAAUUCUGUGCCUAAAAUUGACGACAAAGUCAAAUGUUAUUUUGAUGAAAUGGGUUUCUUGGAAACACCGGUGUAUUUGAUGGAGAGUUUGGUGUUUGGACACGAGAUUGAAGGACCGGCUGUUAUAAUUGAUCCAAAUUUUACUGUCUUAGUUGAGCCCAACUGUAGAGCAGUAAUCACUGAAAGUGGAAAUAUUGCCAUUAAUGUUGAGAAAGUGAAGCAAACUCUAAAGGGAACUAAUUUAGAUCCCAUUCAACUCUCAAUAUUCUCCCACCGCUUCAUGAGUAUUGCUGAACAAAUGGGUCGAGUCUUACAGCGCACCUCCAUUUCCACUAAUAUUAAGGAAAGACUCGAUUUUUCGUGCGCUCUGUUUGGCCCAAAUGGAGGACUUGUAAGCAAUGCCCCUCACAUUCCCGUUCAUUUGGGAUCUAUGGGUAAAGCAGUAGAAUUUCAACUGGAAUUCUUACAAAAUGAUCUUGGUAAAGGGGAUGUCAUACUAACAAAUCACCCACAGGCUGGAGGCAGUCAUUUACCAGACCUAACAGUUAUUACUCCAGUCUUCUACUCAAAUGAAAAGAAGCCAAUAUUUUUUGUGGCAAAUCGAGGUCAUCAUGCUGACAUCGGUGGUUUAACUCCGGGUUCAAUGCCACCACAUUCAACUAAUAUCUUUCAAGAAGGGGCAGCAAUAAAGUCAUUUAAAUUAGUGAAAUGCGGUAUUUUCCAAGAACAAGGUGUGACUGAUAUCUUGAUGUCUCCGGGCAAACAUCCGGGUUGUAGUGGCACCAGAACUCUGAGCGACAAUUUAAGUGACCUGAGAGCACAGGUGGCGGCAAAUCAAAAGGGGAUAAGUCUAGUGACAGAAUUGAUUGAUUUCUAUGGCCUGGAUGUGGUUCAGGCGUAUAUGAGUUACAUUCAGACAAACGCUGAAUUUGCGGUCAGAGAUAUGCUCAAGAAAAUGGCAAAAUCACUGCAAACUCAUCGACUUUUGGCAACCGAUUAUAUGGAUAGCGGAACCAAAAUUCAUCUGACAAUCGAUAUCAAUGAGACGACCGGCGAUGCAGUCUUUGACUUUACGGGAACUGAUGAAGAAGUUUACGGUAACUGUAACGCUCCCAAAGCCGUAACACUAUCGGCAAUUAUAUACAGUUUGCGGUGUUUGGUUGGACACGAUAUUCCUCUAAACCAGGGCUGUCUCUCUCCUAUCAAAGUUAUAAUUCCCGACAAUUGUAUUCUCUCGCCAUCAGAAGAAGCAGCAGUUGUCGGAGGAAAUGUACUGACUUCUCAACGAGUGACUGAUGUUAUACUGAAAGCUUUCGAAGUGUGCGCUGCAUCUCAAGGAUGUAUGAAUAAUGUGACAUUUGGUGAUGAAAGAUUUGGAUACUACGAGACGAUUGCCGGCGGUUCGGGUGCGACGGCCACUAGUAAUGGGCGAAGUGGUGUUCACACGCAUAUGACAAAUACCCGGAUCACUGACGUCGAAAUUCUUGAGAAACGGUAUCCAAUUAUUGUGAAUAAAUUUACUUUAAAUCCGGGUUCGGGAGGAAAAGGCAUGUUUAAUGGCGGCAAUGGUGUGAUUCGGGAAAUGAUGUUUCGCAAGAAUGGUAUCAUUUUAUCGGUCUUAACAGAAAGACGCGUUUACUCUCCCUAUGGAAUGAAGGGAGGAGAGGCAGGAAAGAGAGGCAAAAAUAUUGUGAAGUUUAAAAGAAAUGGACGGACCGUCGACUUGGGGGCUAAAAAUUCAGUGCCCGUCAGCGCCGGCGAUAUCUUUAGACUUGAAUCUCCCGGUGGCGGCGGAUAUGGCACUUGCGCUCAAUGAUGAUUGUGUUCGCAUAUAUACAGCCAAUUAUAUACUUUUAAAUAUAUUUAUUUUAAUAAUUACAAAAAUAUAUGAUAAUAACAGCUCAUUAUAAUUGGC